AUGGUAGAGGAUAAAUACCUCUCGUGGAAAACUGUGAUGUUACUGGCCCUGGCUUCUGCUAGGCAUGUCUCAGAAUUGGGGGCCUUGUUGUGCAAAAGUCAGUACUUGCUCUUUUACAAGAACAGAGCAGAGCUCAGGACUCAACAGCAGUUCCUGCCGAAGGUGGUCUCCGCGUUUCACUUGAAUCAACCUAUUGUGAUUCCAUCCAGUUCUGACACAGCUUCUAGUCCGGAGGCAUUGGAUGCUGUACGAGCCUUGCAGAUCUAUGUCAAAAGGACGGCUCGGGGUUACACGGUAGUGAGGAAGACAUCCGGUAAGUUCGAGACACCCAGCAGCUGUCCCCGUGUGUCAGGAAGACUGAGCAGAACCCAGAGCCCCAUCACGGUGCCUCCACCUCACUCACUGAUACAUGAGAGACACAAUAACCAGAAGAUCCUAGAACUCACCAACAAGAUCAUUCAGCUGCUGACUGGAGAGGGUGAAGAUAGGAGUAAUGUGACUGAUAUGAAGGCAGAAGAUAUAGAGGGAGAAGAGGAGACGUAUGUGACUGAUAUGAAGGCAGCUGGAUCGACUGUCGUUGACGGCGUGGUUCUUGAAACCUCUAUCCUGAAGUCAAGAGGAUUCUCACAACAGAAAUUGGACCCCUCAUUUGCCAUAUCUGAACCCAGUAGCACUCCACUGGGGAAUAUUAUAAAUUGUACCUUAUUAUGGAGAGACAUUCAAUUUUCUGUACACUUAUUCCCAACAGAUGAAUGUAACAGAAGGAAUAUCUCGGAAGAAAAUCUAAUUUCAUCUUCAGGUUGUAAAAUAGAAGAUGAUGACAUCACACAAGAUUCUCCUGGAGAAACCCCUACUGCCCUACUCGUACCUCCUGUACCUCACAAUGUGCUUGUGUCAUGUGGUCCCUCUAAUCAGAGGGAAUGUUCUGAUAACACUGAUAUUGGGUCAUCUUCUACAGCUCUGACAGUAGAUAAAAUAUUUCCCUGUUCUAUAGAUGACAGAUGUUUUACACAGACCGCACAGCUUAUAACCAAUCAUCCAGCUAAGGGAGGUGAGAAACCAUUUCCAUGUUCUGAGUGUGGGAAAUGUUUUACCGAUAAAUCAAAUCUUGUUACACAUCAGAGAAGUCACACAGUUGACAAGCCAUUUCCAUGUUCUGAGUGUGGGAAAUGUUUUACACACAACUCACGUCUUGUAGCACAUCAGAGAAGUCACACAGGUGAGAGGCCAUUUCCAUGUUCUGAGUGUGGGAAAUGUUUUACACACAAGUCACAUCUUGUUGCACAUCAGAGAAGUCACACAGGUGAGAAGCCAUUUCCAUGUUCUGAGUGUGGGAAAUGUUUUACACACAAGUCAGAUCUUGUUGCACAUCAGAGAAGUCACACAGGUGAGAGGCCAUUUCCAUGUUCUGAGUGUGGGAAAUGUUUUACACACAGCUCAAGUCUUGUUAAACAUCAGAGACGUCACACAGGUGAGAAACCAUUUCCAUGUUCUGAGUGUGGGAAAUGUUUUACUGAUAAAUCAGAUCUUGUUACACAUCAGAGAAGUCACACAGGUGACGAGCCAUUUCCAUGUUCUGAGUGUGGGAAAUGUUUUACAUACAACUCACAUCUUGUUAAACAUCAGAGAAGUCACACAGGUGACGAGCCAUUUCCAUGUUCUGAGUGUGGGAAAUGUUUUACAUACAACUCACGUCUUGUUAAACAUCAGAAAAGUCACACAGGUGAGAAACCAUUUCCAUGUUCUGAGUGUGGGAAAUGUUUUACCGAUAAAUCAUAUCUUGUUACACAUCAGAGAAGUCACACAGGUGAUAAACCAUUUCCAUGUUCUGAGUGUGGGAAAAGUUUUACACAGAAGUCACAUCUUGUUGCACAUCAGAGAAGUCACACAGGUGAGAAACCAUUUCCAUGUUCUGAGUGUGGGAAAUGUUUUAGAGAUAAAUCAUCUGUUGUUAGACAUCAGAAACUUCACACACAUGAGAAUGUGCCCCUCCUGCUAGACGUACCUAUCCAGGACCGUCUGCUCAGUCCUUUCGGUCCCGCAGAUUUCGAUCCAGAGCCAGAGGAGCCUCCAACGCAGCGAUUGGCUACAGAGGAAUACCUAGAAAACCAGCAGUUGCUGGGUCUCAGGACCAGAACGCCAGUUCUGCUUCCGCAAAAUCUUCAGCAUGACUGUACCCGCCCACCCCAGGGAGAUCUCGUGGUGGGAGCUCGGCUACAUCACUUCAGUCACAUCUGGGAUGGUUCUUGCCAAGAUGCUUGGAAGAAGUUGGCUCUCUUGCCGGAAGUUCAGACCUUGUUGCAAGGUGUUCUUUAUAUACAAUCUCCCUUUGUGCCCCCUACGGCACCUUGGGAUCUGGAUGUUAUGUUACGCUUUCUACAGUUUUCCUGGUUUGAACCUCUGACGAUGGUAGAGGAUAAAUACCUCUCGUGGAAAACUGUGAUGUUACUGGCCCUGGCUUCUGCUAGGCAUGUCUCAGAAUUGGGGGCCUUGUUGUGCAAAAGUCAGUACUUGCUCUUUUACAAGAACAGAGCAGAGCUCAGGACUCAACAGCAGUUCCUGCCGAAGGUGGUCUCCGCGUUUCACUUGAAUCAACCUAUUGUGAUUCCAUCCAGUUCUGAUACAGCUUCUAGUCCGGAGGCAUUGGAUGCUGUACGAGCCUUGCAGAUCUAUGUCAAAAGGACGGCUUGGAUGACUUUUUUGGAUAUAGCGCUAAAAAUUGAAAAUGAGAGUAUAGUAACCAGCACGUUUGUUAAGGAAGUAGACCAGAAUCGGUAUUUACAUUAUAAAAGUAGUCAUUUACAGCGAUGGAAAGAUAACAUACCCAAGGGCCAGUUCCUUCGUAUAAAAAGGAACUGCUCCUCUAAUGAAGGGGCGAAAGAACAGAUGGAAUCCAUGUAUGGGGCAUUUUUGACUCAGGGCUAUCCAAAAUAUGUGUUGGAUAAAGCCUUGAAGGAAGUAGAAGGGCUAAAUAGGGACACCUUAUUGGAUACUACCGGAUCCAAUGUCAGGAAAAAUCUGAAUAAAAUGAAGAUAGAUAGGACAACAAGGUUUGUAACAAAAUAUAAUACGAGUGCAUAUGAGAUAAAAAAGAUCAUAAAAAAGAACUCCUCUUUUUUAAAAUUGGAUGAAGUACUGAAUGCCAACCUAGAGCUCAGCGAACAGGUCAUUUUCCGAAAAUCGGACAGUUUAAAAUCUGCACUAGCACCCAGUUUCUUCAACAGACCAUCCUUCCCAGUAGUAACCGUAGACUGGAGCUGGAAGGAACCAAUGCGUAGGCUGCUGGUUGCAAUCUUUUUGCUGGCAAUGGAGAUCCCCACAAGGGACAGUGGAUGGUGGAAAGGUUCUAGAGACCUGACACUGGAGACCCGGAAGGACCCGGGUGAAGAUAGGAGUAAUGUGACUGAUAUGAAGGCAGAAGAUAUAGAGGGAGAAGAGGAGACGUAUGUGACUGAUAUGAAGGCAGCUGGAUCGACUGUCGUUGACGGCGUGGUUCUUGAAACCUCUAUCCUGAAGUCAAGAGGAUUCUCACAACAGAAAUUGGACCCCUCAUUUGCCAUAUCUGAACCCAGUAGCACUCCACUGGGGAAUAUUAUAAAUUGUACCUUAUUAUGGAGAGACAUUCAAUUUUCUGUACACUUAUUCCCAACAGAUGAAUGUAACAGAAGGAAUAUCUCGGAAGAAAAUCUAAUUUCAUCUUCAGGUUGUAAAAUAGAAGAUGAUGACAUCACACAAGAUUCUCCUGGAGAAACCCCUACUGCCCUACUCGUACCUCCUGUACCUCACAAUGUGCUUGUGUCAUGUGGUCCCUCUAAUCAGAGGGAAUGUUCUGAUAACACUGAUAUUGGGUCAUCUUCUACAGCUCUGACAGUAGAUAAAAUAUUUCCCUGUUCUAUAGAUGACAGAUGUUUUACACAGACCGCACAGCUUAUAACCAAUCAUCCAGCUAAGGGAGGUGAGAAACCAUUUCCAUGUUCUGAGUGUGGGAAAUGUUUUACCGAUAAAUCAAAUCUUGUUACACAUCAGAGAAGUCACACAGUUGACAAGCCAUUUCCAUGUUCUGAGUGUGGGAAAUGUUUUACAUACAACUCACGUCUUGUAGCACAUCAGAGAAGUCACACAGGUGAGAGGCCAUUUCCAUGUUCUGAGUGUGGGAAAUGUUUUACACACAAGUCACAUCUUGUUGCACAUCAGAGAAGUCACACAGGUGAGAAGCCAUUUCCAUGUUCUGAGUGUGGGAAAUGUUUUACACACAAGUCAGAUCUUGUUGCACAUCAGAGAAGUCACACAGGUGAGAGGCCAUUUCCAUGUUCUGAGUGUGGGAAAUGUUUUACACACAGCUCAAGUCUUGUUAAACAUCAGAGACGUCACACAGGUGAGAAACCAUUUCCAUGUUCUGAGUGUGGGAAAUGUUUUACUGAUAAAUCAGAUCUUGUUACACAUCAGAGAAGUCACACAGGUGACGAGCCAUUUCCAUGUUCUGAGUGUGGGAAAUGUUUUACAUACAACUCACAUCUUGUUAAACAUCAGAGAAGUCACACAGGUGAGAAACCAUUUCCAUGUUCUGAGUGUGGGAAAUGUUUUACUGAUAAAUCAUAUCUUGUUACACAUCAGAGAAGUCACACAGAUGACAAGCCAUUUCCAUGUUCUGAGUGUGGGAAAUGUUUUACAUACAACUCACGUCUUGUUAAACAUCAGAAAAGUCACACAGGUGAGAAACCAUUUCCAUGUUCUGAGUGUGGGAAAUGUUUUACCGAUAAAUCAUAUCUUGUUACACAUCAGAGAAGUCACACAGGUGAUAAACCAUUUCCAUGUUCUGAGUGUGGGAAAAGUUUUACACAGAAGUCACAUCUUGUUGCACAUCAGAGAAGUCACACAGGUGAGAAACCAUUUCCAUGUUCUGAGUGUGGGAAAUGUUUUAGAGAUAAAUCAUCUGUUGUUAGACAUCAGAAACUUCACACACAUGAGAAUGUGUAACAUGACAGUAAUCGAAUCUUGAUAAAACUAUACUUUAUUAACACUAUAUAAAAUUUGUAUAUAUGCAGAUGGAAAGUUAUUUAUCUUACAAAUAAAUCUAAUUUCUCACAUAUUUUUUGUUAAA